UAUGGAGACUGUACACUAUACUUCCAUAGACUAUACUUUCAGCCAUUUUAAACUUCCCGCCAUUCUACUUCAUUGUUACUUCUUCUGUGACUACAGACGCGUACGGAAGCAACUUCAUUAUUUUAGAUAUUCGCGAGCGAAGCCGCGGGUUUAGGCUAGUUCAAUAUAUAAAUUGUAUUCUUUUAAGUUUUUAUCUGAUAAUGAAAUUAAUGGAAUUAAAUAUGUAUAUUAUAAGUUUGGGUAUUAGUAACGCUUCCUGUGGAACAUCCUGUGUUGUGGUCAUGGCUGCCCACCACAUUUUAUAUUGUUUGAUAUUAAAUAUGUUCAAUUAGUUUAAUUGUACUUUAGUUUUGAAGUAAACGUCGAAAAUAAUAGACAAUUACAAUGUUUAAGUUCAUAUUCUUGUGUGUGAUAGUUAAAUUAACAAUAGGUUAUAAUUUAAACACGUUACACACGAUUAUUUAUGAGGAUGCGCAUAAAAAUUUACGAAUUGAUGCAAGAGAGAGUUUAUUUGGGUAUACAACGGCUUUGUAUCGUAGUAAAAACAAAUCAUGGGUAUUUAUUGGAUCUCCAAAGGGAACUGAUUUAAACAUGCCUAGUAGUAAUCCGGGCGUUGUUUUCCAAUGUCAGAUAAGAAAAUACUGUGAAAUGCAGUCAAUAGACAAAGAUUUUGGAAUGACCAGAAGUAAUGGUUUUCGUUUCUUGGACAACAAGGAUAACGCAUGGAUCGGUGGAACUAUGGAUAUCAAUAUCAAUGCAGGAGUGUUGGUUGUUUGUGGUUUCCGUUGGGCGGCUGACACGAAUAUGAUUGGCGCGUGUUACUUGGCGAAACUCCAAGAUAAUCCAAGUUAUAACAAAUUACUACCACUGCUUAACCCAAAAAAGUAUAUUCAGGCUUUGCAAUACAGAAUGUCUGUUUAUCACUAUGGUCUAGGGGAGGCGGGAUUUUCUGCUCAUUUUACCAAUGAUAAACAAUAUCCGGAUUUGAUCCUUGGAGCUCCCGGAUUGUUGAAUUGGUUUGGUGGAUCAAUUUUAUACUCCGGGGAUUCAUCAUCAAAUUCCAUAGAAAAUCGAGUUUCAAUGUACAUGGGAGAUUCGUUCUCGUUGUUUGGAUAUGCAGUUUCUUCCGGUCGAUACGUUUCAAGUCACCAAAUGUUUGCUUCCUCAGCACCAAAAGGCAGUAAAUACUGCGGAACAGUGAUAUUGUAUAAUUUUCAACCGGGCAACGAUAGUUUCAUCGAUAAAAAAUUUAUACUAUCCGGAAGUCAAAUAGGGGAAUAUUUUGGUGCGUCCCUAGCUUCCGGUGAUCUAAACGGUGAUGGUUAUGACGAUUUAAUUGUUGGCGCGCCAUUUUAUUCGGAUAAAAACUUCAACGACGGUCGAAUACAUAUUUAUUACGGUGGAAAGGAACGUAAUAGUUUUACAGAUGCGAAUAGUGUUGUGCAUUUGACCGGAAGUAGUGACAGCGGCCAUUAUGGCACCACGAUAACAUUUCUAGGAGAUUUAAAUCUAGAUGGAUAUGGAGAUAUUGCCGUGGGGGAACCUUUCAGUGACAAUAAACGAGGAAUUGUUUAUAUUUAUCAUGGCGGACCGUAUGGUCUCGUUACUACACCUGCGCAGAUUCUACAAGCGAAAAAUAUUGAUAAUAAACUGCGAGGUUUCGGUAUAAGUGUCUCAAAUGCUUUGGAUAUUGAUGGAAAUGGAUAUCCAGAUAUUUCGAUUGGGGCACAUUUAUCCGGCCAUGUAGCCAUCAUUAGAUCAAAUCCACUGGUAGAAAUCAGCUCAUCUUUGAAAAUAAUAAAUGGCACCAAGAUUAAUUUCGGAACGACAAGAAUUGCGCAUUGUUAUACACAUUUAGCAAGUCCAUACACUCCUAAACAUAUCACAAUCCGUAGAACACUCACAAUUGAUGAAAAUUAUCAAAGAGUGUUGUUAGCACCACCAACAACACUUCAAAAAGAGUUUUUGCUUGAUAACAAAUGUGAAACAUUCAUUUUAACAUCAAAGGAAAAGUUAUAUUAUUUGACUGAGCCUGUGAAAAUCAGUGUAAGUUAUGAAAUCGUCCAAGAUGCACCAAGAAAAAGUAAUUAUUAUGUUGGAUUAAACAACACAGACACAUUUUGUAAAACUUGUCCUGUUUUAUUAAACGUACGUCCUUUGGAAAAUGAAUUUUCCUUCGCUUUGGGAUGCGGAGAUGAUGACGUAUGCACAAGUAACUUAAGUUUUGAUGCAAAAUUCUACAUUUUAGAAACGGAAAUUCGUGAGUUUGUCAUUGGAUCCGCUGAUAUUAUCCGAAUGGAUGUCUUGAUAAGCAACUCUGGAGAUAGUGCAUACCUGACACAAUUUACUAUCACUCUACCAAAGUAUAUACAGUUUAAUUCAAUCCCAAAAAGUGUUCUGAAGACAAUCCAGGAAUAAGUCUGUCUUGUUGGUAACCCAUUAAAAACACAAAUAUAUCUAAGUGUUGCGUUGAAUAUGAAAGACGUCCGGAUUGAUUAUGGAUCAAAUGUGACGUUUACAAUGAACGUUACCACAACAAGUGUGAAUAAGAAUCCUGUACAACAAAAAUCUGUAACUUUACAGUUGAAAAACGUCGUGGAUUUAAAACUUAUUGGAAAAGCAGAACCUGCAUUACAGUUUUACACAAAAAACGCAACAUUUAGACAAAUUUUUGAGAUUCAAAAGAGUGGUUAUAGUCCUGCAGAGCAAGUUUCUAUUUUGAUUAAUUUACCAACUCAUGUUGUGGAAAAUAAUGUGUCUAUUGCGUUUGUUAAAUUAUAUUCAAUUGAGGGUUCAUUAAGAGGACAAAAAUUAUUGUGUAAGAAUCAUUCUGAAGUAGAAUACAUCCGAGAAGAAUCUGAAUCUCAUGGUGAUACAGAUUUGAAUGUUGAAGAAGAUAUACAACGACCUGAACGAGAACGAAGAGAAAUUCCGAGUGAGAAUAUGAUUAUUUACUCAAAUAAUCUCAAUGAAAGUGAUUAUACCGAAGAAACAUCAAUAGUAGACGAAAAUGAGAUAAUAGAGGAAGAAAUAGGUGAGAUUUUAACACUGGAUUGUAGAGAUUUGAAGAAUAAUGUACAAUGUACAAAAUUCACUUGUGACAUUGGAGCCAUUACAAACGAACAAGAUAUUGCAGUAGUUCGAGUGAAAGCCUUAUUGGAUAUUACUGCAAUUAAACGAGUUUUAACUGUCGAAAACAGAAUUUUGUUGAAUAGUUAUGGAUUAGUGGAAGCUGAGUUUGAAAUUGAUACAAUAUCAAACAACUUUGUAAAUGUAACAAGUACAUUUAUGGAUUCGAAUGAAUUCCGCCUGGAUAUGUGGAUUUUAAUUAGUGCUACAAUAGCGGGGCUUAUUUUGUUAUUGAUUGUAACUUUAAUUUUAUACAAAUGUGGAUUUUUCUCAAGAACAAAGAAACUUCAAAUGGAAGAAGAAAUGCGACUAGCCGUAGCGGAGGAAUUUACAAAUGCUCGUUUAAGUGGUGCACCACCACCUGAUACAGAUAAUGAAUCAGAAAAUGAAUGUAUAGAAGCCGUGGAAGAAAUGGAAAUGAAAUAAAUUUUAUUUUAUAAGUUUAA